AUGGAGCUCCAGUUGCUGCUACUCCUUGCUGCGGUGCUUGCCAUGGAUUGGGAUGUGGCUGCACAAACCGAGACCGUCGGCAACUCCAGCGAGGGUAUUUAUUUGAUUGAGGAAAGAGAGAUGAUGAUGAGGUAUUAUUUUCCUUCUGAAAGUAAAUUUCAGAAGAUCCAGAAACUGAUAGGUCUUCUUGAAUUUUCUCUGGGGAAAUACAGAUACUUCAAGCUCACCAAGCCCUCUCCAGAGGAAGCUAUUUUGCGUUAUAUAUCCAGCAAUGCAACAUUUCUUAUUUUCCAAAUACACUCACAGUAUCAGAAUACAACAUUGUCUUUUUCUAAGACUCUUCUUCCUAGCACCUCGGGAACAGGCACUGACAGAGGACUGGUUUUCAUUCUUAGACCAGAGCAGAGUAUGUGCACAUGGCACUUGGAGACUGCAGCUGCUGAGCCUGUCCAGAGUAUAGCUGUUCCACUCUCCUACUCAGAAAAGGAUCCUGUCCCUGGAGGCUGUAAUUUGGAGUUUGAUUUAGACAUUGAUCCUAAUAUUUACUUGGAGUAUGAUUUCUUCGAAACAAUCAUCAAAUUUGCCCCAGCAAACCUAGGCUAUGCAAGAGGCACAGACCCUCCGCUCUGUGACGUGGCAGCAGGCAUGGACUCAAGGUGGAGGCUGCAGUAUGACAUCUACCAGUAUUUUCUGCCUGAGAAUGACCUCACUGAGCAGGUUUUGCUGAUGCAUCUUCAGCGAAUGACUGAGGUGCCACAGGUGAAGGCCAAUGCUGUCAAGGUUGUUACCUUAACAGGUGAUGAUAAGACAAGUAUUUACUUCUCCUCUCUCCGGGGCCAAGGUGUAAUUUACAAUGUCAUUGUCCGGGACCCACUUUUAAAUACCUCUACUGCUUAUGUUCCUGCUCACACAUAUGCUUGUAGUUUUGAGGCAUCAGAGGGUAAUUGUUCUUCUCUAGGAAGAGUUUCUUCCAAAGUGUUCUUCAGCCUUUGUGCCCUGCUUGGCCUCUUCAUUUGUUUCUUUGGACACAGAUUCUGGAAAACAGAAUUAUUCUUCAUAGGGUUCAUCGUCAUGGGAUUCUUCUUCUAUAUACUUAUUACAAGACUGACUUCUAUUAAGUAUGAUGUUCGUCUGAUUCUAACUGCCCUGACUGGAAGCAUUGGUGGAAUUUUCUUGGUUGCUACAUGGUGGCGAUUUGGAAUCCUCCUGUUCUGCAUGCUGUGUGUUGGACUAGUGCUGGGGUUCCUUACCUCAUCCGUGUUGUUCUUCACUCCACUGGGAAACCUAAAGAUUUUUCGUGAUGAUGUUGUGUUUUGGAUGACCUUCUCUUGUAUAGCUAUUGUCCUUCCAGUAUUUUUCAUGGGCUGCCUAAGAAUACUGAACAUACUGACUUGUGGAAUCAUUGGCUCUUAUUCGGUGGUUUUGGCCAUUGACAGUUACUUGUACACAAGCCUUUCCUAUAUCACUUUGAAUGUACUCAAGAGAGCCCUCAACACAGAUUUCCGCAGAGCUUUUACAAAUGUGCCUUUUCAGACUACUGACUUUAUCAUCCUGGCAGUAUGGGCAAUGCUAGCAGUAAGUGGAAUUACAUUACAGAUUCGAAGAGAAAGAGAUCAACCAUUUUUCCCUCCUCACCCUUACAAGGUAUGGAAGAGAGAGAGAGAACGCAGAGUAACGAACAUUCUGGAUCCUAGUUACCACAUCCCCCCAUUGAGAGACAGGCUGUAUGGCCGAUUGGCCCAGAUCAAAGAGUUCUUUCAGCAACAACAGUCAGUUGGAGAGAGAACACCCCUGCUUCUCUAG